AUCAUGUCACCGAAAAGGGCGAGAUUGCUGGUGGCAACUGUGUGGAUCUUGAGCUUCGUCAUCUGCUUUCCACCGUUGGUCGGCUGGAAAGACAAGCGGUCUUAUCCUGCAUAUAACGUGACGUUCGGACAGAACGGUCCCUUCAACACGACGACCAUACUGGUCCCAGUGAAACCGUGUCCGUGGAUCUGCGAGCUCACCAACGACGCUGGCUAUGUAGUUUACAGGUAAGAGGAGAUAAAAAAGUCGCAAAUAAAAGAAUAUUGAUUUAGUAAUUAUAUUAAGAAUUAAGGAAGC